AUGAAACAACAACAUCAUGGCUAUCAUUCAGCACGUGAACCAAAUUAUGAUCAUGAUGGUGAUUUACAUGAAUAUAAAUUACGUACACCCUAUAGUGGACCAUAUCGUGUUCAUAAAACUGAUCGACAAGUAGAAGUUGUUAAAACAAAGGGAUGUUGUUCAGGAAAUAGUAAAAAACAAAAAUAUCCAUCACGACCACCACCACCACCAGCUCAACCAUCUUAUCGUACUACAAAUCGAGUAACAAAACGAUCAACAAAUCAAGUGGGAAAUAGUCAUUAUGUUAGACGUAGUGCUGAUGUUGAACAUCAUAUGGAUGCGCAUGAGAGAAGUCAUAAACGGUUGGAUCCGAAUGAUCGAAAUUUAUACAGAUAUGGAAAUAAAAAUUAUCAACAUGUAAGACAGAGACAGACAGAUGUAUCGCCUUCUCAUUACAACUACCAUGAUUAUCAGCAAGUACAUACAGCUCAUAAAAGAGAUUCUAAAUGUUGUUGUACUAUACUUUAA